CCUGGCCGGCGAACCACCACGGAAAUCGUCGUCGUCACAGCUCACGAGCAGCGGCAAGUCAGCCCACGACGCGCUCGAUUCCAACAACCUGAACCAGUCCAGUCUCCAUGGAUGGGCCAGCCGCCCUAGCCUAGCCUCGCCUAGCACACCUCCCCCGUGCCAGCCGCUCCCAGUUGGCCACCCGUUCUCAGGCGAGAAAAGCACACGCACGACACGCGAGGAAGCAUCAUCCAUCAAUUCGCCGGCGGCGGGCGUUCAACAUCGGAGGCAAGCCGCCGCACCGGACCGGAGCCCCAGAGGGCGGAGAAACGCAAAGAAUCCAAGAAACAGAGGCGCCGAGGCAAGCAAGAAACAGAGACCGCGCGGCUCGCCGCCGUCAAGCUCGCGGCCGCUGUCCCUGCAGGGAAGGAGGAGGAGGCGGUGGUGGUGGUGCUCUGCUCGUCCCUGACGCCGCCGUUGACUCCGGACCGCCGGCUCCGGCAGGAGGAAUCUCCGCUCUUCGUUCGCCCUCCCGCUCGCAAGAGGAUCCUCCCGGCGAAUCUAUCGAAUCCCCCCUCCUGCCCGCGCCGGAGACCAAGAUGCCGCCACCGGGACCGGCGGCGGCGGCGCCCAUCCAGCUGGGGGUGCCGCCCCCGUACCUGAGGACCCACGGGGCCAAGAUGGCGCGGCGGCACAUGUACGACUGGAUCGUGCUGCUCCUCCUCGCCGCCAUCGAGGUCGUGCUCAACCUCAUCACGCCCUUCCACCGCUUCGUCGCCGAGUUCAUGAUGGACGACCUCCGCUACCCCAUGAAGCCCAACACCAUCCCCGUCUGGGCCGUCCCGAUAUACGCCGUCAUCCUGCCGAUGCUCAUCUUCGCCACCAUCUAUGUCAAGAAGAAGAAUGCCUACGACCUGCAUCACGCCAUACUAGGCCUGCUGUUCUCCGUGCUCAUCACCGGCGUCCUCACCGACGCGAUCAAGGACGGCGUCGGCCGACCCCGCCCCAACUUCUACUAUCGAUGCUUUCCUGACGGGGUGCCGAACUACGAGGCGGUCACUCGACAAGUCAUAUGCCACGGAGACGCGAAAGUCAUCAAAGAAGGGCACAAGAGCUUCCCCAGUGGCCACACCUCAUGGUCCUUUGCCGGGCUGGGCUUCCUGUCGUGGUACCUUGCCGGCAAGAUCAGGGUGUUUGACCGGGGCGGACACAUUGCCAAGCUCUGCAUCGUGAUCCUGCCGCUGCUCUUCGCUGCCAUGGUCGGCGUGUCGCGGGUCGCAGACUACUGGCACCACUGGCAGGACGUGUUUGCCGGUGGAAUCCUUGGGCUGGUUGUUGCUUCGUUCUGCUAUCUGCAGUUCUUCCCGCAUCCGGCUAGCAAACACGGGCUGUGGCCUCAUGCAUUCCAACAUCACAAUCCUAACCCGGAAACUGAGAACCAAGGAACAACAGAUGCCCAUCAGUCGGUGCUGCCGCAUGAUCUGUCCGUGGUACAAUAUGUUACCUCCAUGGAGAUGAGAACCAAUGGCCGAGCGUUGGAUAACAUGGAGGCUGGCAGCGGCAGAGCUUGGUAACUGAAUACGACCACCAUGGGGAUGGGGGCAGGCACGCACCAUCAGAGACAUCAGCUUGUAGGUAGGUAGGUACUAGUAGAACUCUUGUUCUGUAUAUGUUUCUUGUAAAGACAAAUAAAAUUGCGCGAUUUGGUUCGUGGUCGGACCGAAGUAGAUCUAGUCCUUGAGUUUUCAGAAUCAAUCCAUUGAUCUAGUCCUAAACAAGUGCAUUUUCUGUUCA